AUGAGUGGCCGAUUCGUACAGGUGGAUAAGAGGUAUUUUCCUAGAUAUCGCAAUGAUGUCGGCUCUUGCGAGCAACUGAACGGAAAGCUAAACGAGAAGCCCCAAGGAAUUGCAAUGAACCGACUCGUCAAUACGGCCAUCCUUUUCAUGAGCUUGGGACUUAAAGCCCACAGUUUGCAUGAUCGGGACAUGGUCUAUGGAUUUGACACUAUUGAACCAUCAGCCAACCUCACAUGGACACCAUGUUUCGAUGCCUUCAAUUGCUCUCGGCUGGAAGUUCCUUUGGAUUAUUCAAACAAAAGUCUUGGCACCACUUCGAUUGCCUUCAUCAAGCUGGCUGGCAAAAAUGCCACCCUCGAGUCUCCAAGCAUUGUGCUUAUCCCCGGUGGACCGGGUGGUUCUGGUGUCGACCUACUCCUAACAUUCCAGAAUCUCAUUGGGGAGAUGCUAGGAGAGCAGUACAACUUCGUCUCCUUUGACCCUCGCGGUGUGAACAACAGUGGCUUGCAUCUCGACUGCUUCUCGGGGAAUAAAAAAGCAAGAUUGGCGUUCUAUCGACUGCACAGAACAGGAGCUACUAAUAUCUCAUCAACAUCUCUUGAGGAGCAGUACUAUUCAAGCUCUAUCUACGGCGAGUGGUGCAACAAUGCCGUCGAGAGCAAGUCACCCCAUUCAUAUUAUGUGACUACGCCAGCCGUUGCCCAUGAUUUGCUCACCUUCACCGAAGCGGAGGCCGAGUUGGCCGGUCAGUCACCAUCAACCGCGAAAUUGUGGUGCUAUGGCGUCAGUUACGGCACUGUCAUCGGCAGCACGUUCGCUUCCCUGUUCCCUGACCGCGUGGGGAGAAUGAUCUUCGAUGGUCUUAUCAACGCAGAGCAAUAUUACAACAACUAUUGGACAGACAACCUUGAUCAAAUGGACGAGGCCAUGGAAACAUUCUCGACCUUCUGCCAUUCCGCAGGGCCUGAAAAGUGCUCGUUUUGGGGACCCACGCCGGCGAACAUCACGUCAAGAAUGGAUGGCAUCAUUCGUCAGCUUCAGGACCAUCCAGUCCCGCUCAGCGGCACCGGAGAUUCAGACUUGCCGACAAUGGUCACCUAUUCAGACCUGAAGACUAUGUUUCUCAACACACUGUACGCCUCACUGGCAGGGUUUCCAAGCAUGGCCGAUAUCCUGCACCAGGCCGAGCGUGGGAAUGUCUAUGCCCUUGCGGGCAUGUAUGACCAGUCAAAUCCUAUAAGCGAUGCCCGUCUCGCCAUUACAUGCACCGAUUCGUACCGGAGAAACAAGCUUACUACCAUAGAAGAGUUCAACAAUUGGGUGGAAUACACAAUUUCCAAGAGCGAGUACAUCGGUGAUAUCUACCCCGGCCUCCUGGAAGGUAUCUUAUGCCGAUCAUUCCGCCCGCAGUUGCCUGAUAGCAUGGUAGUUCAAGAUGAAAUCAGUGCACUAAAUAAGUCUACAUCCUUUCCGAUCCUUUUUGCGAGCAACACUAUCGACCCUAUCACGCCGUUAAUAUCGGCGCGCAAGAUGUCUUCUCGGUUUGCCGGAUCAGUACUUUUAAUGCAAGAAGCCGUUGGUGGUAGCUAA